UCAAUUCAACUGUCAUGUCACUACCGUUUUCAAGAAAUAGCUUUCUAGUAUUUUCCCGGAAAAACGCGGUCUUCUACCCAGAAAAGGGGUUUGGCUUGUUGAUUGGGCAACAGAUUUUUCCAGGAAAAUAUAUUAAAAAAAUACUCGCAGUGAUGUUCUUUCUAUUAGGGGAAACCAAAAGAAAAAUCACACAAAUCUGCGUUUUCUUUUGUGAAAAAGUGGCGGUCCUUUGGUUUCCAAGCACUUGCUGCUGGACAUGUUUUGAGAUUCACGGAGGUGGUUAGGCUGAUAAAAAAAGAGGAACAAUGCCAAAGUACGAAGAGGAUGCAUUAUGGUUUGAAAGCUUCAAUUUCUAGGUCAUGGACAUGAACCGCCCUCUCCGGUUUAAAUAGGGCAUUUGCAUAAAAUUGUGUCUGUCAUAAUGCAAUUCAUACCAAUCGGAACCGUCUUAACUUUGCUCACAAGCCAGGUCAUUAAAACAGCUGAAGCUGCAAAGGAUGUUGUUUUUGAAAAGGAGAGUUUCAAGGUCCUCUCAAAGCAUCUUUUUGACAUUGAGCGAGUCUUGAAGGAAUUGCAGCUUCAAAAGCUGAACGAUUCACAAGCUGCAAGGCAAGCUUUGGCGUUCCUCGAAGCCGAUGUCAAGAGGGCUAAUAAUCUUGUCGACAAGUACAAAAACCGAGCUCGUUUCUACUUGUUAGUCAAGUGUAGACACAUUGUGAAGGAGGUACAAGAUGUCACAAGGGAUAUUGGGAAGUCUUUAAAUACGUUAUCCCUAGCAAACACCGAAGUUCUUUCAGGGAUAUCAGAACAGGUGAAUAGGCUACAGAAUGAGAUGCAAAGAGCAGAAUUUGAAGCUUCUCAAUCACAACUUCAAAUUGUUGACAAGUUGAACCAGGGCUUGACAGAUCAGAAACUUGACCACAGUUUUGCUAAUGACAUGCUCAAAGAAAUAGCAAGGGCGGUUGGGGUACCGGUGGAGCACUCAGAGAUAAGCAAAGAGCUCGACAGCUUCAGGAGAGAGAAAGAAGAGGCUGCCUACAGGAAAGAAAGGGCUGAAGUUUUGUUCUUGGAGCAGAUUAUUGAGCUGCUUUCGAGGGCUGAUGCUGCAAGAGAUUACGAGGAAAUCACGAAUCAAUACUUCCAAAGACUUCAGGUCAUAGAGCGAUAUGAUCCGAAAGAAGAGUAUAUUAUGCCAUUUAAACCUUUCAUUUGUUGUAUAACUGGAACGGUGAUGGUUGAUCCGGUCAGCCUAUGCACCGGUACUGCUUGCGAGAGAACAGCCCUUGAAGCUUGGUUUGAGCGCGGAGAGAAAACUGAUCCAGAAACGGGGGAUUCGCUCGAAGAUUUUUCUUAUAGGUCCAAUCUUCAACUGAGACAAUCAAUUCAAGAAUGGAAAGAACUCAAUUACUGCAUCAAAAUUAGAUCUUGCAAGACAAAACUGCUAUUGGGCAUGGAUUGUUCUGUUGUAGAGACUCUAGACCAAAUCAAGGAACUUAUAAGUGAGAAUUCUAUCAACAAGGACUGGAUUUCCAUCGGAGGCCUUACUGAUAUUAUUAUCACAAUCCUUGGAAGCUUUCAGAAUACAGACGUGAAAGAAAAGAUAUUGAUUACUUUGAAAAAUAUCGUAGAAGGGAAUCCAAGAAAUAAGGAUAAAGUGGUUGAGUCCCAAGGGUUUGAUCACAUCAUUCCAUGCAUAGGAGCUGACUCGAGCAUAUCAAAUGCGGCGGUUGAGUUGCUAUAUGAGUUAUUGCAAGACAGAUCUGGUUGGAAUGGAUCUGUUUUAAGGAAACUUUGUCAGCAACAUAGUGCAAUCCAUUUCCUUGUUUGCUUUCUUAAAGGGCCAGUCAGGGAUUCAACAGAGAAAGCUGAAGAAAUAUUGAUGAAGCUUUGUGAUGAAGAUGAGGAGAACAUCAUUCGUGCCGCUGAGGCUGACUGGUAUAAACCACUUAUUGGUUGCAUAAUGCAAGGGCCAGAGUCAUCAAGGAUAUCCAUGGUGAGAGCACUUGUUAGUAUGGAACUGGUUGAAAGGAAUAUAGAUGUACUUGGUGAGGCAGGACUUAUACCUUUUUUGCUUGAAAUGUCAUCUGGCGAUGUCGAAUCAAAGGAAUUGUCUUUAUCAAUGCUGGUUAAGCUAUCGGGUUGCCAAGAAAACAAAAGGCGCAUUGCUGCUGCAGGCGGGGUUCCUCUUCUUCUGAAAUUGAUGUUUUCUUUCCGUCUCCGCACAAUCAUAAUUGCAAAAUGUUUAGAAGUCCUUGAAAAACUUGCUUCCAAUGGUGAUGGAACUAAAUUCUUUGUCGAUGAAAAUGGGAACCAACUUGAAUUAGAGCCAACCAUCGUCAACUUACUAGCUUUUCAGCAGAAUCCCAACUCGUCCUACAUUGUUCGGAGGCCUGCUCUGCGUGCCCUUCUUGGGAUUUGUCAAUCGGAAGCUGGGCUUGUUAAGACAGCAGUUCUUUCUGCAGAUGGUGUUUCUCUAGUUCUUCCUCUUCUUGAUGACUCUAAUCUUCAAAUCCGUGAAGUUGCCAUCAAUCUUCUCUUCCUCUUCUCACAACAUGAGCCACUAGGAGUUGUGGAGUACCUUCUCAAACCAAGAAGGCUCGAGGCGUUAGUGGAUUUUCUCGAACGCAACAGUAACAGUGAUGUACAAAAGGCUGCAGCUGGUUUACUAGCCAAUCUUCCAAAAUCAGAAGAAUUACUCACAAAGAAAUUGAUUGAAUCAGAUGGCCUGAAUGUAAUCCUAAAAAUCUUAAGAUCCGGGACCAUGGAAGCAAAAGAAAAUGCACUAAGUGCUCUCUUUAGGUUUACAGAUCCCACAAAUCUUGAGUCACAGCGAAUUGUGGUUGAACUAGGAGCAUACCCUUUGCUUGUGAAAUUUCUUGAGGAUGGUUCAAUAACAGCUAAGGCAAGAGCAGCUGCUCUCAUUGGCAAUCUUUCUACAAGUACUCCUAAACUUACUGUUGUAACCAAAAAAUUUGGCUGCUGUUGUUUCUGCCGUGCACGUGAUCGUAUAUGCUUAGCCCAUGGGGGUCCUUGCAGUAUAGCUACUACCUUUUGCAUGUUGGAGGCAAAAGUGUUGCCUAAAUUGGUCAAUCUCUUACAAGAGAAGGUUCAUGCAACGGCUUAUGAAGUAAUCCAGGCACUUUCAACUCUGGUUGGAGAAGAUUUUCCUCAGAGAGGGGCUAAUGUACUUCAUCAAGCCAAUGCCAUUCAACUCGUAUUGGAGGUAUUGAAUUGGGGAACGGAGUCUUUAAGGGAAGAGGCUUUGAAGCUGUUGGAGAAAGUUUUUCUCUCGAGGGAAAUGGUGGAGUUUUAUGGAUCAGUAGCAAGGUUAAGUCUUGUUCAGAUCACCGGUUGCAGUGUUAACGAGGGUGGGCAUCUUCAAAGGAAGGCAGCUAGUGUCUUGUCGCUUCUUGAACGGUAUUCUAGAUCGUCAAGAUCUCUAGUUCCGGGAUUAAGUAGAUGACAAUGCUUGUAAGGGUGGGCAUGCACAUUUACCAUGUCUAAAUGAAACCUUGAAGUGUAAUAUCCUGCACUUUCUGUAUAUUUGUUUCUGUUCUGUUGGAUAUGGAGACUAGUUUAUCAUUCUUCUUGUGUUGGAGCCAUUUUUAUGUAUCGUAAA